GCGGCGGCGAGGCCCUUUAGUUCGCCGCCAUUUUGAGCAGCGGGCUCUGAGGAGCAGCAGCGGCAGACGGCGCGCCUCUCUUUCUCCGCCUUCCCCACCACCAUCAUGUCGCGGGAUCGGUUCCGUAGCCGUGGAGGCGGCGGAGGGGGCUUCCAUCGGCGCGGCGGCGGCGGUGGCCGCGGCGGCCCCAACCACGAUUUCCGCUCUCCGCCGCCCGGCAUGGGCAUGGGCCAGAACCGCGGGCCUAUGGGGGGCGGCCCGCAGGGCCCCGGCGGCCCGCCGGGCGGAGGCCCGAAGUCUGAACCGCCCAAGCCUCCGGCGUCGACCUCCGCUCCGCCGUCCUCGUCCUCUUCGUCCUCCGCCACCACGGCGGGCCCCGCCGGCAGCCAGUCCGGCCCCGGGGCGCCUCCUCCGUCCGCCCUGCCCGCGGGGCAGCCGCCGCAGCAGCAGGCCCAGGGCUCCGCGCCCUCCUCCGCGCCCUCCGGCCCCGGGGGGCAGCAGCAGCCGCAGCCCAAGCCGAGCCCCAGCCCCACCCCGGCCGGCGGCCCUAAGAAAGGACAAGGACAGUCGCCCGGCGGCGGGCCCAAGGGGCCAGGCGGGCCGCAGCAGGGGCCGGGCGGGCCUCACAAGGGCGGGCCGGGCCACCGCGGCGGGCCGGGCGGGGAGCCGAGGGGCCGGGGGCAGCAGCACCAGGGACAGCAGAGUCUCUCCUCGCAGCAGGGCCCGGCCGGCGGCGACAAGCUUUCGGACGAGGGCUUUAAGGCAAACCUCUCACUGCUGAGGAGGCCCGGGGAGAAGACUUACACUCAGAGGUGCCGUUUGUUUGUUGGGAAUUUGCCCGCCGAUAUAACGGAUGAAGACUUUAAAAGGUUGUUUGCCAAAUACGGGGAGCCGGGAGAGGUUUUUAUCAACAAAGGAAAAGGCUUUGGCUUCAUUAAGUUGGAAUCUAGAGCUCUGGCAGAAAUCGCCAAGGCAGAACUGGACGACACCCCCAUGCGGGGCCGGCAGCUCCGCGUUCGCUUUGCCACGCACGCCGCCGCACUGUCAGUGCGUAACCUUUCUCCUUACGUGUCCAACGAGUUACUGGAGGAAGCUUUCUCCCAGUUCGGUCCGGUGGAGAGAGCUGUUGUGAUUGUAGAUGAUCGAGGUAGAUCAACGGGAAAAGGCAUUGUUGAGUUUGCGUCAAAGCCAGCUGCCAGAAAAGCGUUUGAACGGUGUACUGAGGGAGUGUUCUUGUUGACGACCACCCCUAGGCCAGUAAUUGUGGAACCGUUGGAGCAACUGGAUGAUGAAGAUGGUCUUCCAGAAAAGCUUGCUCAGAAGAACCCGAUGUACCAAAAGGAAAGAGAAACUCCUCCCCGUUUUGCUCAGCCUGGCAGUUUUGAGUUUGAAUAUUCCCAGAGAUGGAAAUCUUUAGAUGAAAUGGAAAAACAACAGAGAGAACAAGUGGCAAAAAACAUGAAAGAUGCCAAGGACAAACUCGAGAGUGAGAUGGAAGAUGCUUAUCAUGAGCAUCAGGCAAACCUCUUGCGUCAAGACCUUAUGAGGCGUCAGGAGGAACUGAGACGUAUGGAAGAACUCCAUAAUCAGGAAAUGCAGAAACGCAAGGAAAUUCAGCUCAGGCAGGAGGAGGAGCGUCGCAGACGGGAGGAGGAGAUGAUGAUCCGUCAGCGAGAGAUGGAAGAACAGAUGAGAAGGCAGAGGGAAGAGAAUUACAGUAGAAUGGGUUAUAUGGAUCCCAGGGAGAGAGACAUGAGAAUGGGUGGUGCCACCACAAUGAACAUGGGAGAUCCUUAUGCUUCUGCAGCCCAGAAAUUUCCACCUCUUGGAGGUGGAGGCGGCAUAGGUUAUGAAGCUAAUCCAGGAGUUGGCCAAGCAGCCAUGAGUGGUUCUAUGAUGGGAAGUGACAUGCGUCCUGAACGCUUUGGGCAGGGAGGUGCGGGGCCCGUGGGUGGCCAGGGUCCUAGAGGAAUGGGGCCUGGAACACCAACAGGAUAUGGUAGAGGGAGAGAAGAAUACGAAGGCCCAAACAAAAAGCCCCGAUUUUAGAUGUGACCUGUAGUUUCAUUCCAGUUUGUUUUGUCUGUCUUGUUUAGACACCAACUUUUUAAUUCUUGCAUUUUAGUAAGAAAGCUACGUUUUUAUGGAUGUUAGAAACUUACUGACCUAAUAUUUGUAAGUGGUCUGUUUGGGCAAGUACAACUUAAUUAUGUAAUGCAGUGUUUCAAAACAAGUUUAGCUGUUUUUUUGAUGUAUAACGUCCCUAACUUGAUGGCAGUGUACGUUGUGCCACUGAAUUCCCAAAGUGUACCAACUUUUUUUUACUGUGCUUCAAAUAAAUAGAAAACUAAAUGCAGUAACUCUUCUUGCCAUUCAUGGUUAAAUUAAGAGGCUAAAUAUAAUAUAACCACACCUUCAGCAGUAAACUGAGAGUCUUGCCAUAGAGAUCCAACUAGGCCCAGGGUGUGGAACUGUAGUGAAGAGCUGAGAUCUCUUCCAUUGAAGCCUCUAGCCUAAGACUGGGACAGAUAGCUUUAACUGCCCAGUAGGUGCAGAUUUUUGAACGUUGGGCUGCAAUAAGAAAGCAACUCAAAAUCUUGCAGAUGCUGUCAGAUAACGGUAACGAAAGCUACGCUGCAAGCAAUGCAGUAUGUAAAGCAUUUCUUACCUUAGCUCUGGAUGACGGGUGGUGGGAUGGUUGCACUUACCACCUUGGCAGUUACUGCUUGAUACUUUCUAAAGGCUUUAAGCAGAAGACUAGCAAUGGUUAUUUUAAAAUAAAUCCAUAGAAAGACUUGUAUUGACUGACUCCCUAACUUACGGGUUAUUAAUGAGAUAUUUAUAUGCUCUUAAGCUGUUUGAGAUUGCAGGAUCUGGCCUUGCUCCGUAUUGUGUACCUGCCUGAAACUGCUUGGCAAAAAAAACAA